UUUAAUCACGUGCCCUUAUUUGAGAGCGCCUGGCGUACAUUUCUUUCCCUUCUCUCCACUCCAGCGGCGCCCAUGUCAGCCGGGCACAUCAUCAGUGUGCCAUAAAGCACUAGAUGCUCCAGAUCGCGGUGACCCGACGGGUUCACGCUAGUUCACGGGGUUCAUCUGAGGAGAGGUCUCGGCCCCUCCUGUUCCCCCGAGACAAGGAGCUGAGCAAAAUAUAAAUGUUAUUCUUUUGUGUAUCAAUAACGGAUUCGCAGUCACCUGAGCCGACGAAAAAGGUUCACAGGUAGUUGUUACUUCGCUCCCUUUUGCAAUGGGAAGUCCUGAUAGCUGAAAUUUACUAAUUGCUGGUUCAUCACGGCUGGCUGAUGACACCUCGACUCCAUAUAAUUUCAGUAUUUGUUUCUGACUCACCAAUCAUCUGCACAAUCCUACACUAUGGCCAGCAAGAGGAAAUCCACAGUUCCCUGUAUGAUUCCAUCAAAGAGCAAGCACAUGAGAGAGGAAAUCAUACUGGGAUGCUUACCUGAGCUCUUACCCACAAUACCUGAAGACAGCAUUCUCAGUAUCUCUGCAAAAGAUGAGGAUACACAACGAUUCCACGAUCUCUCAAAACUUAAGGUGAAGACUUCAUGCAGGGAACAGGGAACAUACAGCUGUCUCCCAUGCAACUUUGCAUCCAGAGACUUGAACCUGUUCCUCAAACAUAUGGACAACUGUCACAUGGACUUUUACGCUCAACCAAACUUCUACUGCCUGUCUUGCAAGGUUUCAGCAGUGAAGUUUGAAGGUCUUGCUUUACAUAAUGCAAAAUCACAUCCCGAACUCCACAAUGCGCACAAGAAAGUAUCCUUGCAAGUUACCAAAAGAGAUGGGGUUAUUACAGUGGAGCAAACCCUGUUUACAGAAGAGGAUUUCAAUGAAUCCAGUAUAUCCAUUACCAAGACACCCAUAAUGAAAAUGACCAAAUGGGGACACAAAAAGAUUGUUGUCUCCCACACUGUUGAGGUACACAGGGCUGAGCCUAGCAGUGACAAGCCCGCAACUGUAACCAAUGGCACUUCAGUAAGGACCUUACCCCUAACGACAUCACCACAAAUCGUCAGUGGCACUAGAGCCCCCCCAGUGCACAAAAUCCCAAACACAUUUGGCAUGCAAGGUUUGCGUAACCAUAGCCUUCUUUGGAACUCAAAUCCUUCGUCCCCUGAUUCAAACACUGAUCUCCCAAAGGUUAUGAUCCCUCUAAGUAGCAUCCCCACUUAUGAUCCAGCCAUGGAUUUAAGCAGUUUUCUCAAGACAUCCUUCGGUAAGUUCCCUUACCCUACCAAAGCAGAGCUCUGUUACUUGACUGUGGUGUCUGGCUUCCCAGAGGAGCAGAUCAAGCUCUGGUUCACGGCCCAAAGGCUGAAGCAAGGGAUCAGCUGGUCUCCUGAAGAAAUCGAGGACACGCGUAGAAAGAUGUUCAACACUGUAUUCCAAACUGCACCGAAGACGCCACUAAAUCAGUCACAUCACCAUAUUUCCCAACACUGUGUCUCUGUCCAUUCCCCCUUUUUGAGUUCUAACUAUAUACAACAGAUACCAAAGGGAAGCGGAAUGGGUUGGAAAGGAGGGGUCAUAGUCAGUCAGCCUAGCUUGACCCAAGGUACAUCUCUUAAGCAGCAGCCAGUGGUCCAGUCACCACAGGUAAAUAUCCAUCAUGCUGCCAUCGCUAAGGAAACUGGAAAUGAAUUAUCUUUUCAGACAGUUGAGAACUAUAGGGGAGGUAGCUUUAGCAAUCAUGGACACACUGGAAAAAGUGAGACUGGCUGCAGCUUGUCUUGCAAGACAAUUCCUAGCUGCUUGCCUGGUAUUACUAAGAGCCAAAACAGCAAUUAUAGUGAUGGCAGCAUUAUGAAUCUGACUAAGUUUGUCAGGAAAAUUGACUGUCAUGUAAGUGACAGGAACGCAAACUGCACCAGCAAAUCGAACAUGAGUUCAGCUCCCAUUUAUGGGCUGCAAAAAGCAUACAGUAACUCUAAAGAAAACAGCAGCUUAGCCACCACCAGCAAAUAUAACAAUGGAAGCACUUAUAAAAGCACCAGCCACAGUACUAUUUGCACUAAGAGUACUAUAUUAGACCACACCAGCAUAAAAAGGAACACUGACACUUGUGUCAUUUGUAGCAGCAACAAUACCAACAUUCAAACUAAAGGGUUUAUUCCACCCCUUUCGCAUAGCCUGGUCCCCCAUUCUGGAAGUCUCAUCAAUCCAUCUCUUGGCAAGGGCAAGGUAUUGCCAGAGCAACCAGGUACUCUGAAGCAAAGCUUUAUCCAAAAGUCAUUCCUAGGAAAAAAGCAGCUUCUUGCUCCUCAAAGUCUGCCUGUAAGGGAGGUUCACAAUCAACCAUACCAUGUAUGUACCUUGUCAGACUCCCAGUCAUCUUUGGUGGGAUCACUUAGUAAUGUGCCCCAGAGCUCCCUUUAUUUGAACCCUACAGCAAUUUCACACCUUCAUGAGAGCCCUAAUCAACACAGCUCCUCAUCCGUUUCUGAUCCCCAAGAGCGACAUUCCCCAAAAAUGUCUCUGGAAGCACCUCAGGUUCAGUCCCCAGACUUUACUAUCGUCCAUUAUAAGGAACAUGACCCCAAGCACUUACCUGCCUUAGACAAAGACUCUAAGCUAUCAAGCUUAGAUGCUGAAAGGUUGCACUUGAACAGAAACAUUUCUCAAAGAGACGGUGAACAGCAGAGUGGACUGUCAAACACAUUGUAUAAGGCUGACAAAUAUGAGCACAGCAUCCUAGUUAAUGCACUACAUACCAAUGAUACUACAUUCGCAAAUGAUAACACUAACAAGACCACAACUAAAAUAGGAAUGCCGCUUUUGCGACAAUACAUACAAGAAAUGGACCAAUGGGAAAUCAAAAGCUCCUCUCCUGAAGAGUCCACUGUGAGCCCUAUGAAGAUAAAUGUUAUCGCAUUGAACAAAGAAGAGAGGUUGGACAAUCCCAUUAGAAAUCAGUUUUUCGAUAAGCCGCUGGAAAGCUGGAUCAAUGAUGGUGGCCCCAGCCAUAACAAUGAAUCUUCAGAAUGGCAGGAAAGCUACCAGCAUGUACCAGUGGAGGCCAAGGAAUUUGUUGAAGAGCAUUUAUCUGAUAUAGUUAACAGUGAACCACAUCAACUUGAUAACCAGGCUAACUUGGUGGAGCUUAAAACCGAGCAAGUUAAACAUGAUCUUCGCUCAGAGCGGAACAUUAUUUUUCAGAGCCUAAACGUUGAAGCUCCUGUGCUGCCAGUAAAGAAAAAGUCAAAGGAGACAAUGGAUGCAUUAGACAAAUCAAAUGUAGAAGAACAAGAUUACUGGGAGAUCAAGGAUAAGGAGCAUCAAGCUCAAGACAGUCCGUCUAGAGACUGUCUGAGAGGAGAGCUUUUGAAAGUUUAAGGACUUCACUCCACAAGAGGAAGGGGCUGAAUAUCCCGGGAUCAUCCUGAACAUUGCAUUUCUGGUUUUGUUUAAAUAUGACAGCAGACGAGAUUGUAACAAGUUUGUGAUGGUCAAUGGACUUGAGUUUUGGAGGACAGCCAAUCCAGAGAGUAGCCGCUACAAAUGUAGGCCUGAUUUGAUUUAGGGACAGUAAAUUCUAUGUAGGAAACUAUGAUGUAUAUGCUUGAAACUGCACUAUUGAGGGUGUACUGUACGUUAGGAAUGUCAGUUAGAUGUUGUGAUACUUAAGACUAUUUCAAAUAAUCAGCACUUCUGCAAUGCCUUUGGUUUUACAAUGUUUGUUGGGAUAUUCCAACCAGUUUCCCCUUCUUUAUGUCCAGAUCAAAUAAGUUCUUCAUGGCUUAUUUUUCCGCACAUCAAGCAGUUAGCGACAAAUCAUGCACUAUAACUUGCUUUAGUGGUGUCUGUCUGCACACACAACAAAUUGGCCAGACAUUGCCUUAAACGUCACCUUUCUAUUCCUAUGACUGGCUGCACAACAAGCUUUUCAGCAACUGUGUUGAUGUGUGUAUUAAUAUGGGAUUUGAAAUCCCAACAGAACUGCUGCUAUCUCUAUGGAGAUGAUUUUUAUAAGCAUUAACAAUACUAUUAUAUGUGAAAAAUUUCAAAAGAAAUGUUAAUUUAUGGUGGAGAAAGUUUAAAACUGAGUGCUUAAAAUCCAAUGGGGAUUAGAGUUCUCAAAAAGAGUCAGAACAAAUGCUCUGCUAACUGGAUAUUCCAUGUGUUUAUAGAUGAAGUUGGGCUACAAUAUAUAUACACACACACACACACACACACACACAUUAUGCAUCAUUUAUAUGCUGCUAAGUUCAGACCAUCCAAAGUGAAUAACAGGUGCUUUUUAUCCCUUAUAUGCAUUUGUAUUCAAUGUGGUUUCUUUUUUAAAUUUAACACAUCAAGAUAAUAUCUGGACUUACAGUAUUACGUUCCCUUUGAUUCCCAUUGUGCAGAUCUGUCUAAAGAACACAGUUCACUGGAGUGUUAUCCUUUCUACACAAUCUUUUGGUAAUAAAUGGAGAAUGUCAAAUUGAAAACUCACAUCUUAAAAG